AUGGCAACUACAAGUUAUUUUAGUAUUAGUUUCACAGAGAAUGAAAGGGGUAUCAUACGAAAUAUUCUUUAACUUCCAAUCUAAUAAUAUAGAUAUUUAGAAAAUGAAGUAGAUGCUCUGAUAGAGACAUGGAGAAUGUGUGAAAAGCAUCAGCUUCCAUAUCAAUUUUAUGAUAAUAAAUAAUUCUAUUGUCCAGAAUGUUUGACUUCGGUCAGGCCUAUUGAAUAUCAUUAUAUUCGAAGCAUUAAGGAUGUCCCUAUCGAAGAGAAUCAGAUAAGUUCGAUAAGACGAUUGAAUGAUGAAUUGGCACAUUACUAGACAAGUGCUAUACCUGAAAUUAAUUUUGAAGAUAGAUAGAAGAAGCUAAAAAGUAAAUAUAGAUCAUAGAGCUCUAAUAGUCAAGUCUUAUAGAAUGAUCGAUAGAGUGAGUUAAGUCAACUUUUAGAAAAGAGAUCUAAAUAUUUGGAGGUCUAAAAUUUUAUAUCCCAUAUUUCUAUAGAAUAAAAAAAUAGGAAAAUACACGAUGAAAUGCAUAAUGUUGAUUCUCAAAUGAAACCUAGAUUACAACUCUAGAAAAUACUUCCCUUAAAUUAAAUGUAAAAUAAUGAGAACAGUAGCUUUGAAUCCAUCCUUCAGGAAUAUUUUAGAAGAUAAAUAUGA